AUGACCUUAUGAAGAAACAGGAAGAAUACUAUAAUCUUAUUAGUAACUUUUACUUGGAACAAGAACAAGAUAAGAAGCCAGAAGUCGUAGAUACCGAACUUGUGAAGCAAAUAAUCCGGCAAAGAACCCUCAGUGGUGGAUCAUUACCAGGAAUUCCUGAGUUAGACAGUAUUAGUUUAAACUCAGUAAAUUCGGGGCCGUCAUUUCACCCGUCGCCCCAUACCAGCCACUUCCAACGCAUUGGGAGUGUAAGGUCGGUAACCAGCACUGUAGCGAUCGAAGCUGGAAUGUCAAAUGAAGCACUGGAUACCGAAUUUGUUUCAGAACCCGAAGAGGCGGAGAAAGACAAGACUGUCCUUAUAAAAGGCGAGCAGCAACAAACCGGCUCCGUGAGUCCUGAGACGUACCUUGUAUACAUUAAAGCAACUGGAGGGUUCUUGGUGUCUUUGUUUACCGGUCUGUUAUUUAUUCUUGUUAUAUUUGGAAUAACACUGGACAACUGGUGGUUAAGUUUAUGGAUUAAUGCGGGUGGUGCGCUUAUUAAUUGCACCAACCCAACUUAUGCACCACCAGAUUAUACUGGUUCUGGUAUGGGUGAAACUAAUUUUACAAUCGCUACAACUCCUGCGUGUAACCCAACCCGGGACCCUAAUAUUAGUACAGGGGAAAGGCUGGGAUUCUAUCAGGGAAUUUACUUUGCCAUACUUGCGCUUACUAUCGUCGUGUCUGUUAUGAAAGCAACCAUGUACGUACGCAGCACAACAAAAAGUGCAACCCAGUUGCAUAAACAGCUUUUUGAGACCGUUUUUGGGAGUCCAAUGACAUUUUUUGAUACCACUCCAACAGGCCGAAUUCUAAACCGGUUUUCAAAAGACAUGGACGAUAUAGAUGUUCGGCUGCCUUUUAUAAUGGACAUGUUUUUGCAACAGAUUCUUUUCGUUCUGUUUGCCGUUGUUACCAUGGUUAUCGUGUUCCCAUGGUUCCUGAUCGCGAUUGCCGUCAUUGUCGUUUUGUUUGGAUUCGUUUACAAAUACUUUCGUACUGCAGUUCGUGAGUUUAAGAGAGUGGAUAACGUUACAAGGUCUCCGUGGAUUUCUCAUGUAACAUCUACAGUACAAGGUCUCAGUACCAUACACGCAUACAACAAGACAGAUGAUUUUAUACAGACAUUUUGCAAACAGCUGGACAGAAACGCGGCUCCGUAUUAUGCCUACCUUUGUUCCAUGCGAUGGCUAUCAUGUCGACUUGAUUGCAUGAGUAUAUCUGUAACGAUACUGGUGGCUCUCUUUGUCAUAUUUUCAACUAUUUUCCCUGAAACGUUCGGAGAAACCAGUGCUUCUUUCGCUGGAUUGGCACUCUCUUAUGCAGUUACUUUGACUGGGAUGUUCCAAGUUUGCGUUCGGUUCAGUGUAGAGACGGAGUCUUACUUCACUUCGGUGGAAAGAGUCAACGAAUAUAUAACUACUUGUCCAUCUGAACAACCUGUCGACAAACAAACUAAAGAAAUACCGAAGAAUUGGCCGCAUAAAGGAGAAAUUAGGUUUAAAAACAUCUGCAUGAGAUACAGACCUGACCUACCGCUGGUGUUGAAGAAUGUGUCGCUAACUAUUAAACAGAAGGAAAAGAUCGGGAUAGUUGGACGUACGGGUUCAGGUACAGCUAUUUGAUGGGUGUAUAUAGGUAUUGUGUACAGUUGUAU